GAGGAACCCAGAGCAAUGUCCCUGGCUGGGGUGAGCUGCCUGGUGACAGGGGCAGGAGGGUUUCUUGGCCAGAGGAUUGUGUGCUUGCUGCUGGAAGAAGAGGAGGCUCCGGCCGAGAUCCGGCUGCUGGACAAAGCCUUCAGCGCUGAGGCACUCGGCAGGUUUGACAAGUUCAAGGGGAAGACUGAGCUGAAGAUCCUGGAAGGGGACAUCCGAGAUGUGACAUUCCUGCACCGCGCCUGCCAGGGUGUCUCCCUGGUCAUCCACACGGCCUCCCUCAUUGACACCCUGGGCCUCAUCGAGAAGAAGCUGCUCUGGGAAGUCAAUGUGACAGGUACUCAGCUGCUGCUGGAGGCGUGCGUCCGCUGCAACGUCCAGCACUUCAUUUACACCAGUACCAUAGAAGUGACGGGCCCAAACUGCAAAGGGGACCCCAUUUUCAAUGGGGACGAAGAUACAGCUUAUGAGAGCACAUCCAAAUUUCCUUAUGCCCAAAGCAAGAGACUGGCAGAGGAUGCUGUGCUGAAAGCAGACGGCCAGGUGCUGAAGGAUGGCGGCACGCUGAUGACCUGUGCCCUGAGAUCCAUGUACAUUUUUGGGGAAGGCUGCCCCUUUCUCCAAGGCCAUCUGGACAAGUGCCUGCUGAACAAGAACGUCUACCUACGCUUCUCCAGGAAGGAGGCUCUGGUGAACCCCGUGUACGUGGGGAACAUCGCCUGGGCACACGUGCAGGCAGCCAAAGCCCUGCGGGCCCCGCAGAGAGCCAAGCACAUCAGAGGCAAGUUCUACUACAUCUCAGAUGACACUCCUCACAUGAGCUACGCCGACCUGAAUUACGAGCUGACCAAGGAGCUGGGGUUUGGGAUUGAGCCCCGGCUGCCCAUGCCCCUGACAAUGCUCUAUUACUUCUCGCUGCUGCUGGAGAUGCUGAGCUUCCUGCUGAGGCCCUUUGUCAGAUACGUGCCCUCCACCAAUCGCCACCUGGUCACGCUGCUCAACACCCCCUUCACCUUCUCCUACAGAAAGGCACAGCAGGAUUUUGGCUACGUGCCCCGCUACACGUGGGAAGAGGCCAAGCAGGGCACUGGUGAGUGGCUUGCCUCCGUGAUCCCCCAGAGAAGGCUGAUCUUGCAGAGCAGCACUGCCUGA